CUAGGUUCAGAGGUUUUAAUGAGUUCCUCAAAAGGACAGAGAUGCACCUAACUCUGAGGUGGCCCUGACCAAAGCAAGGGCAUACAGUGGGCCACUACCCCGUGCUGCUCAGAGCCAAGAUGCUCAGGAGAGACCCCCGCAAGCCCUUAGCCAUCCUCAGGCAUGUGGGACUUCUCUGUGCCACAGGGCCACAGCGCUGGCGUUUCCAGCAUUCCUGUGCAGAGGAACACAGCAACUGUGCCCGACACCCCCUCUGGACUGGCCCAGUGUCCUCAGCAGAAGGCACCCGGCAGUCUCCCAUCAACAUCCAGUGGAAGGACAGUGUGUAUGACCCGCAGCUGGCACCACUCAGGGUCUCCUAUGAUGCCGCGUCCUGCAGAUACCUCUGGAACACUGGCUACUUCUUCCAGGUGGAGUUUGACGAUUCCUGUGAGGAUUCAGGGAUCAGCGGUGGGCCUCUGGGAAACCACUACAGGCUGAAGCAGUUUCAUUUCCACUGGGGAGCAACAGAUGAAUGGGGCUCAGAGCACGCAGUGGACGGCCAUACCUACCCAGCUGAGCUCCAUCUGGUUCACUGGAAUUCCACGAAAUAUGAAAAUUACAAGAAAGCCUCCGUGGGGGAGAACGGGCUGGCGGUCAUCGGCGUGUUUCUGAAGCUCGGGGCGCAUCACCAGGCCCUGCAGAAGCUGGUGGAUGUCUUGCCGGAAGUAAGACACAAGGAUACACAGGUGGCCAUGGGACCCUUUGACCCCUCUUGUCUGCUGCCUGCCUGCCGGGAUUACUGGACCUACCCUGGCUCCCUCACCACCCCGCCACUUGCUGAGUCAGUCACCUGGAUUGUGCAGAAGACGCCUGUUGAGGUGUCCCCGAGCCAGCUAUCCACGUUCCGCACACUCUUGUUCUCCGGGCGAGGUGAGGAAGAGGAUGUGAUGGUGAACAACUACCGCCCGCUCCAGCCCCUCAGGGACCGCAAACUUCGCUCGUCCUUCCGGCUUGAUCGGACCAAGAUGAGGUCUUAAUCUCAGGAUGAAGUCUGUAAGGAUAGGCAGAGCAGACCGGAAAGGGGGCCCGAGUUUCCAGGGUGCCACGUGGCACGACGAGCCGGGGCGGCAGUGGCGCACGCCUUUAAUCCCAGCACAUGGGAGGCAGAGGCAGGCAGAUUUCUGAGUUCGAGGCCAGCCUGGUCUACAGAGUGAGUUCCAGGACAGCCAGGACUACACAGAGAAACCCUGUCCCGAAAAAAAAAAA